GUUGAACCCACGGUGACUCGGGCCGCCAGUACAUCAAAAAGCUGUUAUUGAGUUGUAUUUGAAUCUCGACAAAGAUUGAACCUAUGGCUUGGUGGAUUGCUUUUUUACUUAUCCUGGGAGUUGAACACGUGUGGAGCACAAUAAAUGCAGUUCUGUCACGGACGAACGAAAAGUCUUCAGUGUUCUUAAGAUGGCAGAGGAUGCUGGGAUGUCUACUGGAAUCGUUACAAACAUGCGUAUCACACACGCUACGCCCGCUUCCUUGUAUGCUCACUCGGCAAACAGAUACUGGGAAAGCGACCGCGACAAAAUGAGCCGUGCAAGCGAUGCACAAGCUUGUGAUGACAUAGCUAUUCAACUGAUAGACUUCCAAGGCAAACAUGGUGACGGUAUAGAGGUCGUCUUCGGGGGUGGUCGGAGAAACUUCUUACCGAAUACGACCRCAGAUCCCGAAUAUYCGAACAGAAAGGGCCGACGUUAUGAUGGCAGAAAYCUUAUCGAUGAAUGGGUUGCCAAGCGACCWGACUCUAAGUUUGUUUGGAAUAAAACCGAGUUUGAAAACGUUGAUGUUAAGAAAACGAAGCACUUGCUCGGGUUGUUUGACUAUAGUACCAUGAAGUAUGUGCGUGAUCGAGCCAACGAUACAGGGGGGGAGCCGUCCGUCGUUGAAAUGGUCAAAGUGGCUAUCGAUAUAUUAAAGAAAAACCCCAAAGGGUUUUUUCUUGCGGUUGAAGAGGGUCUGAUUGAUUAUGGUCACCAUGACAACAGCGCAUAUAUAGCAUUAACAGAGGCCAUCGAAUUGGAAAAGGCUGUUACCAUGGCAACACAGAAAACUGAUGCAAAAGAUACACUCAUUGUGGUGACCGCUGACCAUGGUCACACCAUGUCCAUAGCCGGAUAUCCAAAGAGAGGUAACCCCAUAUUUGGACUGUCUGUUAAUAGGAACAACAGGGUUGAAAUAUCUUCGAAUGAUAAGAUGCCUUUCACUACACUUGGCUACACAAAUGGACCAAGCUCCAUAGUUGGACGUCUUCGGAAGAACUUGACCGGCGUGAACACCCAAGAUAAGCAUUUCCUACAACAAUCGUUGUACAAUGCGGGCGAUGGUUACGAAAGUCAUGGAGGACAGGACGUUGGAAUCUACUCACAAGGGCCUUGGGCUGACUUGUUGACUGGAGUUGUCGAAGAGAACUUUAUAUUCCACGUGUUUGACCACGCCCUCUGCCUGAGUGGCAGUUCUGAGUGCGCAAAGCCAGUUGCCAGAGGUGGUAAGCCGAUAGGAUCAAAGGCCUCUAAGAAUUGGUCUAGCAUAGGGGUUUGGAUUGUUGUGUUUAUGUCGAUAGCGAUGCAGUUGUAUCGCGGUUGAUUUUGCUGUUUUUUAAUGAAAAAUGUGAACUGCAAAGACUGACAAACCUGUGACGUAAUUGAUAAAUAAAUACUUUUUUUUAAA